AUGUUAGUUGUUGGUUUAACUGGUGGUAUAGCAUGUGGAAAAAGUACUGUAACGAAUAUAAUUCAACAGACUUUCGAUGAAAAAAAGAUAACGAUUAUUGAUGCUGAUAAAAUUGCAAGAGAAAUUGUUGGGCCUGGUAAACCAGCCUACAAUAAGAUUGUUACAUAUUUUAGUGAUAAAAUAGAAAAUUUGCUUAUUGACACCAAUGGUAAUAAUAAGGGAAAAGAGUUAAAUAGACAGGCUUUAGGAGCCUAUGUUUUCCAAAAUAAGCAAGAACUUGCAGUUUUAAAUUCUAUAACCCAUCCUCAAAUUAGGUAUGAAAUAUUUAAAAAAAUAUUAUACAGUUAUUUACAUGGCGUUAAAUUGGUGGUCUUAGAUGUUCCUCUGUUAUUUGAAGCUCAUUUAGACAUUUUCUGUGGGGCUACUGUUAGUGUUAUAAUUAGUGAGCCGGAAUUACAAAUUGAAAGACUAAUGUUAAGAAACAAAGAUUUAUCUAGACAAGAUGCUUUACAAAGAAUUUCGUCUCAAAUGUCUACAGAGGAGAAAAUUCUAAGAUCUGAUUACGUUAUUGACAAUAGUGGAACAGCACAAGAAUUAAAAAUGCAAGUUCUGUCUUUAUUUAAAAAGAAAUUAAAACAAAAUUUUAUUGUAUAUUUAUUGGAAUUAUUCCCACCUAUUGGCCUUAUAAGCGCACUAAAUGUAGUAAUAUCAAAAUAUAUAAGGUAUGUUGCUCAUAAAAAAAGUCCCACAAAAAAAGUUGUGUAA